GACGUGUACUUGGAAAUGAACUGGAAGUCCGGGAAAAUAUUGAAGAGUAUAAAGAGAUUUUUCGCGACACAUUUUUAUAGAAGAAGCAAGAAGAUGUACAACAUGAGGCGACGCAGAGAAUCUGUUGCUUCUGUUUAUAGAAAGACGACGAAAUUCUUGACAUCGAACACGGCGAACUUUCUUAAGAAAAAGCCGAACAAUAAGAAGAAUCAAAUUCUAAUGGAAGCAGUUGAAGACUGUGACGACAAUGGCGAAGAAAAUGUAAACAACAUUGAUGAAGCCAAAACUGACGACGACGAUAUAGGAGAAAGAGACCUCGACUAUUAUCUAGGAGUUAGAAAGAGAGAGAGCUACUGGCGAGAUCCGGCUGGCAAAGAGCAGAUAAGGAAAGACUAUCUAGUCUAUCACUGCGGUAUCACUGAAGAGGAUUACGAUAAAAACUAUAAGAAAACGAUAGUAUCAAAGGUAUCGUAUGUUAUACAACCAAGGUUGAAGCAAGUACCGUUCAAGAUUCAUAGAAGGAGAAGGAGGAAUGGAGAUACCAGGGAUGAUUCUUGGAGAGAGAAGACAGGAAUAUUUAAACUAUUUAUGAGACGUGAUAGUGAGAACUCUAUGUCGGAUAGUUACAGCGAAUGUGAUUCUAAUGAAGACAAGAUUCCUGAGAGACUACGGUCCACAAAUGAGGAUGAUAUGGAAGACAUGAUUGGAUAUCUAAACGAAUUAGAUGCUUCUGGUACUGAUGAUAAGGACGAGGGCGUUCGGAUAAAAGAAGUGUCAGAGGGAAGACCCUGCGACAACUGUCCGGAGUUGUGCCCCGGUUUCAUCCCACACGCUUGGAGAAAAACGUGCAAGUCAUGCGGGUGCGACCGGCUGAAGCACUCGGUGUACCACGAGGAGCUGGGCUCGGUGCGCGACCGGCUCGGGCUGCGCGAGUCCAAGCUCAACCACCACUCCUACGACAGCCCGCCUGGACUCACUGCUAAGCAGACCGAAUUGUAUUGGUCGUCGUUAGCAGAGCGCGCGCCGACCGGCCUAGGGGGCGCCACUGGACCCGCAGCGUGGAGGGCUUGGCGAACUAGAGCAUUAGCUUCUCAGUUACCGAAACAAGAUCUCUCAUUAGCACAUUGCAGACAUAUCGAUGAGAAUCAUCGCAAACAAUAUGAAGACUUCGUCGCGGCUAGGAACGAAAUUGCACUUGACAUUGGAAAAUUUGUUUCAGGCGUUGCAAGUCAAUAUCACGGUGCAUCCGUUGAUUGUGCGGGAUGUAAUAAACCUAUUCGGAGUGGGAGUAUCACCGUUCAAGCGCCACGGAUAGGUGAAGAAGCAUAUUUUCAUCCAACAUGCUUCUCGUGUGCGGAAUGUGAAGAAUUACUUGUCGAACUAGCGUAUUGUGCGUUAGAUGGACGAUUGUUCUGCGUUCGCCAUUAUGCAGAGCGACUGAAGCCGAGGUGUCAUGCCUGUGACGAGCUUAUUUUCAGUGGCGAAUACACCAAGGCGAUGAACAAGGACUGGCACAGCGGUCACUUCUGCUGCUGGCAGUGCGACGAGUCGCUGACUGGCCAGCGCUACGUCCUCAGGGAUGAGCACCCCUACUGCAUCAAGUGUUACGAGAGCGUCUUCGCCAACGGCUGCGAAGAAUGCAACAAAACCAUCGGCAUCGACUCUAAGGACCUGUCGUACAAAGACAAGCACUGGCAUGAGGCUUGCUUCCUCUGCGCCAAGUGCCGCGUCUCGCUGGUAGACAAGCAGUUCGGCUCCAAGCUCGACAAGAUCUACUGCGGCAACUGCUACGAUGCCCAGUUCGCCAGCCGUUGCGAUGGCUGCGGCGAGGUGUUCCGUGCUGGCACCAAGAAGAUGGAGUACAAGACAAGGCAGUGGCACGAGAAGUGCUUCUGCUGCGUGGUGUGCAAGAACCCCAUCGGCACGAGGAGCUUCAUCCCCCGCGAGCAGGAGAUCUACUGCGCCGGCUGCUACGAGGACAAGUUCGCUACUCGCUGCGUCAAGUGCAACAAGAUCAUCACGCAAGGUGGCGUAACCUACAAGAACGAGCCCUGGCACCGCGAGUGCUUCACCUGCACCAACUGCAACACCUCCCUGGCUGGACAGCGGUUCACAUCCCGUGACGAGAAGCCCUACUGCGCGGAGUGCUUCGGAGAACUCUUCGCCAAGAGGUGCACUUCCUGCACCAAGCCCAUCACUGGCAUCGGCGGCACCCGCUUCAUCUCAUUCGAGGACCGCCACUGGCACAACGAUUGCUUCAUCUGCGCCCAGUGCAAGACCUCCCUGGUUGGCAAGGGCUUCAUCACCGACGGCCCUGACAUAAUCUGCCCCGAGUGCGCCAAACAGAAGCUCAUGUAAAUACGACCACAUCACGCACAGCUACCUAACGCUUCCUCUCUACUGGCCAACAUAACCACCAUCGAGUGAAUCACCGAGAAUCGAGUUCUAAAUCGAUUUAUAUCGAUUCUUGUUCAAAAACAUGUGACUAAUAUAUUUUUGUGUGCUUUUAUAUUUAUAGCGAAAAAACCAUUCUACCGGUAGUCGCUAACGCCAGGGACUGGGUCGCGUCUGAUAGGAAGGAUACAUCGAGCAAUGUGCUAUUCGACCUCGUUGACAACAUAAACUUUCACAAGGUCCAUGUCAACCCUUAGAACGUUACUUAGAAACUUGUUGACGAUAUUUUUAUACAAAAAAUAACGAAAAUCACAAAAAAAUGUGAAUGCACAAAUUGUGUUAAAGUAUUUAAUUAAAAGUAUUUAAUUUCGCUUUUUGAAAUCAUUUUAUUUAUAUAUAUUGACUGUGUAGUUCUGACUAAUUGAGACCCUGUAUCUAUACUACGUAGGUAUGUAUUAUGUGCUAAUUGCCAUAUAAUUUCGCUUUGGCUGUUGUAUUAGUCUUUAGAUUUAUAAUUGUCAAUUUACCUAGUGCGAUUCACACGAUGCCUUAAUAACUUAUCUAAGUCAAUUUCGAGGGUAUAUUGUUUCUCGUUGUGCGACCACUUUAUUUACCGAACCUUGUGAUCUAAGUCUUGCCUUUCAUUGUACUUGCUAAAGGACAAUCUAUUGUGUUCAAUGUUUCUAAGUAAAGCGGUCCUACAACCAGUCUGGUGUUGCCAGAUAUAUAAUUUCUUUUUAUUAAUAGACACCCUAACGGGUGGUAAUAAGUGCUUGUCAUGUAACAUAGUAUAUAAGAAAUUUAUUGAAAGAGUAAUGUACGUGUUAUAUUUUAAGUAUUUAUUUAUAUGGGAGUACGCACUUAUUAUCUGUGGGGACGCCGAUGGUGUUGCCGUGUCACAUUGAAAAGAAAAGAAUGAGAUUUUUAGAUGUAGUGUUGCCAUAUACGCCAUCGGUAGGUCGCUACCUAACACUAAUGUUAAGUGACAUCUAGUUUUACUAAUAAAAAAUAAUAAUAUAAAAAUAUUUUUGUUCUCGAAUAAGAAUCAAUCGCGUUAAUUGAAUGUUAUCGAUAUUUUUACAUGAAGGUAAAGAAAUACUUUAGCGUGUAGUGUAAGUAAUAACACCUGAGUUAGAUCGCAUGCGCGAGCCGACCAUGAAAUGAUUGGGGAACACUAUAUAAACGUUACUUGUUAAGGAAUAAAUUAUUCAAAUGUUGAAUUAUUAAUUUAUAAUAAUGUGUACACUUAAAAACAACCGCUUAGCUGUGUGAUCUGAUCUAAUUAAAUAUUUCUAUCUAUCUAUAGAAUGUAAACUAUGAAACUGAAAUAAACGAUUUAAAAGUA